AAGUUACAAACCUGUUCACCCGGAGAAAAACUCGAUGAAGUGUUACCACAAGACAUCCUGUCAUAGCAUUUUUGGUAUAUAACGGCAACCAUAGAUGCAAUACGCACUUGAAAAAGCGAGGCGCUGGAGAGCAAAAUUCGUUUGAAUGCAAAAUACUAUUUAACCACUAGAUGGGGGUAAUUCCUACACAGAGUCCCUUUAAUGAUUUUGAAGUAAUGCCUGAUGUUUUGAAAGCCUGUUUGCUUUUUUGUGUUUUUUCUAGUUUCCUUUUAACAUGUCUGAAUAAACAUUAUUCUAUUUUAAGUCUGUAGCAUGUGGAUUUAUUUAUUGAACAGUAAGUAUAUCUGUACCAUUCUGGAGAAAAUUAGUAGUGUAGGAUUUUUGUACCCCCCACAAGCCAGCAGAUAUGUCAAGUGCUGGGUCCAGUGAGACAGGAGGAGUUGAGACAGAAACGAGGCGAGUCAGCGCGGAGUUAGGGAGAGAAGGCAUGCAGACAUGUAGAGGAGACACGGAUGCAGGGGCAGUCCGAGAAAACAUGGAGGCAGUUAGAGGAGACACGGAGGCAAGGAGAGGAGACACAGAGGCAGGGGCAGUUCGUGACAACACGGAGGCAAGGAGAGGAGACACAGAGGCAGGGGCAGUUCGAGACAACACGGAGGCAGGUAGAGGAGACACAGACACAAGAGCAUCAGUAGCAGGACAGGGAGUGCAGUGCUACAAGUGCAACCAGCUUGUGGAGGCAGAGAAAUUUUCAGAGCACCUGUCUGACCACCACACGGAUGAGAUGUGUGACACCUGUGGGGCACAGGUGCAGGGUACUGUUGGUCUUUUGAACCAUAUCCAACAGGUUCACUAUGCAGCAUUCAUAAUGCCAUCACCUCAAAAGCCACCACCGAAGCACUAUAAAAGCACUACAACCACAAAAGUGCUACCAGUAUCAUCACAGACAACGCCAUCUCUGCUCCCCCCAUUAAGUAGCUCAGCCAAGCCAAACCACACAGCAACUCCACGAACUUCAAAACCUACUUCAAACAACUGGAAAGGUUUUCUUCCUGAGCAGUUUCGGAGAGUAGUCCAGGAAGCAGAUCAGGUGUGGAUUGCAAAAUGCUUAUAUGAGGCUACAGGCCAGCUGAAACCCAAAAUCCAAGCCUGCUGGUUUCACCCCCCACUGGAGCCCAAACCAUCUCCCCCUGAGCCUGGGUGGUACUACUGUCAGAGAAUGUUCAUCUGGGCACCAAUGAGGAUGUGGGGGAUUCCUUUAAAAUGCCCACAAUGUUCCCGUAAAAUGAACAGCUCCGGGAUCUACAGAAAGGUCAGGGAGGUGAUUGAUGUAGAUAGCCACUACUACCUAGUGGGAGGUGACUAUCCACGUUGCAGCAAGUGCUCUCAGCCGGUCUGCCCAUGGAGCCAGGAGAUACUCUCGCAGGUGGAUGUGGCACACAGGAGCCUGUUCCCCGCUGUCCUGACAACACAGCUGGCUCUGGACAGGAAAUGUGUGACUUUCCUUAAGCCAAGGACCAGUGGGAACAGUUCCUCCUACCUCCAGUCUGCAAUAGCGGAAGCGCACAGCGAGGAGUGGGCACGGCAGACUAUCCGCUACCUCUCAGACUGUGAGCGUCACAUGAAGAUGGCUACCUUCAUCCCCUCUGCAGCUGUGUAUCUUCCUCCGCCACCCUUCAGGCCCCUUCCACUUGCUCAAUGGUUCGAGACGGUCCACUCCAACGACAUCCUCAGCCAUGUGGAUGAGAUGAAGGGAGUGAUCACUUCUACCUAUGGUAGAAUUCUUAAAAUGGAUUCAACAAAGAAGAUCACCAAAAAGCUGGCUGGCAGGAUCGGGGACAGUGCUGCAUGGAUGUCAAACAUCGGAAAUGAGUUUGGCCAGGUGUUGAACUGUGUUCUGACGACGGGUGAAGGUGCAGGGUUAGAAGAGUUGUGCCAAGGCAUCGUCACUCGGUACAAGAAUGCGGGCCAAGCUGAACCUGAGGUCAUCUAUGUCGACCGAGAUUGCUGCAGCCAGUCAGGUGUGUCUUCAGUGGCUAAGCUCUUUCACCCAUGGAAGUCUGCAGUGCGCUUAGACAGCUUCCAUUUUAUGAGACGCUUUAACUGUGGGCUCACUACAGAACACCACCCUCUCUAUGGCACCUUUUGUGCAAAGCUUUCCUCCUGCAUUUUUGAAUGGGACCAGGAGGAUGUGCAACGCCUGAAGGAGGCCAAGAGAGCGGAGUGGAAGAGCAGCCACAGCGGACAUGCUCCCACUGAAGAACAGCUCGUGGCCACCAUCAGCCCAGGGGAACUGAAGAGACACUGCAGGAGGAGGACGCGUGGAGUGGAAGAGAUACGGAGCAUGAUUUCAGGGCUGCUGGAAUCAGUGUGGAAGCUGACAGACACCACAGGACUGCGUCUAGUGAGCCAUGACAACAUGCGCCACGUGUGGGAAGUGCAGCAGAAGCACCUGGGGUCCCUCCAAGACCCUCCAGGUGUUGCACUGUACACAAAGGUGGGGACACUCCAGAAGGGUGGCAAAGAGCUGGACAUCCUUAGGUGUGGUAGGGGGUCCUCCUCCCUGGAGAGUUUUCACCGACAUCAGUGUGCUUUUAUUCCAGGCUGGCGGUGCAAUGCUGUACACAUGCAAAUGUAUAUGCUGGAGGGGGCAUCAAGAUGGAACAUGGGCCGGGCCAAGGAGGCAGUAGAUGUGGAGGGGGCCUCAAACCUUAGAAGCUUUGAUGUUCACUUGAUGUCCCAACUUAAUAACUUAAGCCAGCUCGUCCAUGGUUGUGCUCUGGUGCCAGAGAUCACUCUACCCGGAAAAUCUACUGGCGAGCGCAUAGCAGUGGAAUAUUUAUUGGCCCAGACCAACAGAGGUGACCUGCUGGCUCCAUCGCAGGUCUCUGAAAUCCCAUCGCAGGUGCUUGAGGAGGAGGAUGAGCUAGAUGACACCAUCAGCACGCUUGACAUUGUCUGCCAGUCAGCUGAGAUAGGGGCUGGUGAUCCCCCAAGUGCUGUGGCGGAUGACACUGAACCCGGACCCCUCAUCACGGAGACCAGCCAAUGUGACUCGAGGGGCGUUGUGGGAUGGGAGGCAGUUGAUGCCCUUGCAGCCUACCUAGUUGGCUUGAAUCGUACCAUCACCGCCUUGUCAGCCAAGGAGGAGACGGACAUAGUCCACCUGUACACAGCUCUCCAUGCCAUUGACAAGACACCUUCAAGCAUAUGGAUGUCUCUUUCACCGUUUAGGUACACCCAGAAAGCUAGUGCGUCAGGAGGACCGUGGAAAGCACCCAGGAAGCCGAGUGGCUCUGCUCCCGGACAGCAGGCGGCAGAGAGACUAUACAUGACUCACGGCCAAGCAGCGCAGGACCCCGAAGUACACAGGGUCAGUGAGUGUGUUUGCCUCAGACUUGCCAAAGAGUUUGAGCAGUCACGCAACAGGCCAAAGGACACAAAGGGGAAAACCAUGCCCAUCCCUCAGUCCAUUGUCAGUGUCUACAGCCACAUCAAACAGCUGCUGGAGGACAGCAGGGUUGUCCUGGACCAGACGAACCUGGUUCUGGUGCCGGUUAACAACACCACAGUCUCUUCAUGGCUACUAAGGAGGGAUAAAAGGAAGGAAGGGACAUACUGCUGCAAGGCACUGUACUUCCCAAACAGCUCCACCUGGCCAAGGAGCCUCUCCCUGCAAUGAACUCACUUCCAGCUGCCCCUGUGCAACAUGCACAUGAAGUGAUGAGAUUUGAGGAGCCUGAAAACCACGAGGGGGAAGCUUUCCCCCGCCAGCGCACUCUAGCAGCAAGUAAGCCUGUGUUCUCUCCGCCAUCUCCACCUCCCCAGUUCCCUACACAAUUUGGGCCAGCUCCUCCUUUCCAGCAAGCUCCUCCACCCCAGCAAGCUCCUCCGUUGCAGCAAGCUCUUCCAUUUGCGUAUGCUCCUCCAUAUCCGUAUGCUCCUCCAUAUCCGUAUGCUCCUCCAUAUCCAUAUGCAGUGGUGUAGUCUACGUGAUACGCAGGUAUACGCCGUAUACCCACUAGAAAAUGUCAAGGAUUUGCGUAUACCCACUAGGAAAUGUCAAAGAUCUCCGUAUGCCCACUUUAAAAAGCGUGAGGAUUCGUAACAACAUCGUUUUGUGAAAUACAUUUCCUACGACAUCAGCACCCCUAAACGUUGGCGACAGAAUUCCGUGUUCCCUGAGUAAGUUCUGUUAUCAGAUUCAGCGCGCGAGCAGAGAGCACGUCAAAAACAGAGGACAGGGUGUGUGUGUGUGUGUGUGUUCGUGUUCAUCUGAGCCUCAUUGGUCUGUCACUGCUCGUCAAUGUCAGAAUAUUUGAGAUGACAAAUCAAAUCAAAGUAGGCGGGCUUUAAAUUCACAGACGCUGAGCGCGAAUUUCAGCAGAGCAACUCGACGCUUCAGUUUACGGGCAAGUGCAAGAUAAGAUGUAAGUGGCUAAACUUCAUAUUUUACAUUUUUUAGGUCAUAAAUGUUAAACGAAUGACAAAAAAA